AUGGCACAAGGUUUUCUGCCUCUUGAUCGAGAAAGCAAAAAGAUGGAGGCACAUGGGGAGGAAUACCUUGAGGAUCUUUCAUCAAGGUCAUUGUUUCAACAUUCAAAUAAAGAAAAAUCAUUGCUCCAAAUGCAUGACUUGGUACAUGAUUUGGCCAUACUCGUAUCAAAUGAUUUUUGCUUUAGGUUGGAUUUGCAUAAUGAUCUACUUAAACUUUCAACAAAGACACGCCACUUGUCAUAUACAAAGAAGGUAACAUAUGACAUCAACAAAGUCAAGGAAUUACAUGAAGUGAAGAGCUUGCGUACCUUUCUAGCACUGCCAUUCAAAUCACACAGGUAUUACUGGAAGAUAAAGUGUGAUAUGUUACUUACAAGUAGAAGUUUUUUAAGAGUUCUUUCUUUAAGAGUGCUUCCAAUGAAGAAGUUGCUUCAUUCAAUUGGCAAUCUAAAGCAUUUGAGGUACCUCGACUUGUCUCACACUGGAAUUCAAGAAUUACCUGAUUCAGUUUGUAAUUUGUACAAUUUACAGACUUUAUUGUUAUUUGGGUGUGAACGGCUUCAUGAAUUGCCAAAGAAGAUGGGAAGGUUAAUCAACUUGCGAUAUCUAGAUAUUGAGGGUGUACCCCUGAAAGAGCUUCCCCAAGAACUCAAUACUAUAAAACACUUGUAUUUCUUAUCUGAUGUGAUUUUGAGUAGUGAUAGAAAUAGCACUGGAGGAUUGAAAAUGAAAAAGGUAGGAGAACUUGAGAAUUUACAUAGCAUAUCCGGGUUGGAAAAUAUCAAGGAUGCAGGAGAAGCUUCGGAGGCUAAUUUGAAGGAUAAGAAGUCUCUUUCGAAGCUGACUUUGAGGUGGAAACAUAAACGUAAUGGUGGUGUGGCUGCUAAUUCACAAAAAGAAAACGAUAUACUUGAUGCACUUCGACCACAUACAAACUUGCAGCAUCUUAGUAUUGAAUACUAUAGAGGUACAAUAUUGUCAGACUGGAUUGGGGACUCUGCAUUUCUUAAGUUAAUAUCAAUCAGGAUUGACAAGUGCAAUACUUGUUGUAUUUUACCCUCACUUGGGCAGCUACCAUUUCUGAAAGAUCUCUUAAUUAGAGGAUGUAAUGGUGUCAUCUCAAUAGGUGAUGAGAUUCCUCAUGAUGACAAGGGUCUUCUUCUAUUCAGAUGUCUAGAAGUAUUAUUUAUUUCAGAUAUGUUGGAGUGGAAAGAUUGGUCAUUUAGCAGUGAAGCUAUGCAACAAGGUCAAAUAUUCCCACUUCUGAAAAAACUUAGUCUGUAUAGAUGUCCAAUGCUUAAUAUUGGGUUACCGUGUUGUUAUCUUCCAUCCAUGGAAUCUUUGGAAAUCUUUAAAUGUGAACGAAUGGUGGGUUUGGUGCCUAGAACAGGAACUACUCAACAGACAGUCGAAGGCACAGCUCCCUCUCUCGUGGAGAUAAGUAUACAUAGCUGUUCAGUGUUGGAAUCGCUUCUAGAUUGGGGAUCACACUCCAAAGUAAAGAGUCUUACAGUACCCAACUCCAAAAAGCUCAUUGAGAACCAUAAGCAAUGGGAUCUACAGAGGCUCUCGUGUUUGAAAUAUUUAAAUAUCAGUGGGUGGGAAGAUGGUAUUUUUCCUGAAGACAUAGGGAUCCUUCCGAUCACUCUGACUACACUUAUGAUUUUUGAUUGUAGUAAACUUGAAAGCCUAAACAGCAACGCCUUUCAAGAACUCACAUCCCUCUCUUACUUGUACAUUCGUAAUUGUGAAGGGUUGCGGUGCUUGCCAGAAGAAGGGUUGCCUAUCUCAAUUACAUAUAGACCAAUGUCCUCUGUUAACGCACCGGUGUCAGAAAGAGAAAGGAGAAGAUUGGCCUAA